UCCAGAAUGUAUAAAUAUAAGUAAACAUUGCAAUGGAAUUUAUUUAUUAUAAACAAAUAAAUAUUAAACAAAACUACAUCGAUCGUUAGAACACAGCGCAAAGUCAUGCAGUUCUCUGAUGAUCAACAGACACGAUCCUCUAGCAGCAGAGAAGGCUUGCAACAAGCUGUUGUUGGUGAUGAAGUUGUAGGUGAAGGUGGGGCGUCUGGUGAUUUAGAGCUUAAACUUGAAGCAGGUGCAGUUAGUAAUUUAUGGGAGUAUGAGGAGAUUUUAAAUAUUUUAGGUUUUGGUAAAACACAAUGGAUUUUAUUACUAAUCAGUGGCUUGUUGACCAUGACCUCAAUGGCGGCCCAAUUAUCGGUGGGUAUUAUAGCAAUAUCGUCUCAGUGUGAAUUUGAUAUGUCUCAGGGAGAGAAGGGUGUAAUGAUGGCGGCAUGUGUGACAGGCAUUGUUUUAUCCACCUACAUUUGGGGCUACAUUAGUGAUGUCUGGGGCAGACGUACCGUUUUAAUAUGGUCGAUAUUCACAACAAAUGUUUUACAAUUUAUAACGAUGUUCGUUACCAACAUAUGGCUAUUUAAUUUCAUAAAUCUUAUUAUGGGUAUCAGUUUGGGUGGCAUAUCGGGCGUCCUAUAUCCAUACCUUAGUGAGUUUAAUACCGCUAAAUAUCGUGCUGUAGUCAUAAAUUAUUCUACCAUGUUUGUAAGCAUAACGGCCAUUUAUGUGCCAGCCAUUUCAUGGUUGGUGCUUUCUACUGACUGGUCAUUUGAAAUUACGGAAACGUUUCACUUUAAACCCUGGCGUUUAAUUAUAUUAUUCAGUUUAUUGCCAGGUUUAAUAGGUGGUUUGCUGUUGCUCUCCUUUCCUGAGAGUCCCAAGCUUUUGCUGGCUCACGAAAAAGAAACAGAAGCUUUGAAAGCUUUAAAUUGGAUUUCACUAUAUAACAAGGGUUUGGAUUUGGAUAUAGUACUUAAAAGCUCUGCCAUUUCCUUAAAACCGGAGGAAUUAGCUGAUGCCGAUUUGCUGACAAUGGGUCGAGGUUGUUCCAUUUUUACCAAUAUAUGGAAAGCUACAGUGCCUUUGUUUUAUAAACCUCACGGUUUGAAUGUUAUUUUAGCUGUAGUGGCUUUAUUUGGCAUGAUGUUUGCUUCAAAUGGCAUGCAAAUCUGGUUUCCAGAAAUUGUAAAUCGUUCGGCCGGAGGCUUACAGUCGGGUAAUAGUGCUACGGUUUGUGAAAUUUUGGAUGAAUCUUAUGCCAGGGAUCGUCUUAAUGCUACUUAUGAAGAGGAUGGAUCCGUUAGUGGGUUCUGUGAUAACAGUAUUUCGACCAAGACCUAUAUUGACAACAUUAUUAUGGGUUUGGCUUUUCUGGUCGGAUUUUCUAUACAAGGGGCUUUGCUUAACCCCUUGGGUAGAAAAAACGUAUUAAUUGCUGCCUUAGCUGUCGGAGCUUUUUGUGGUAUUUUAUUACAUGUGGUUACCAGCACUACUGGAGUAUUGGUGUUAUUUUGUUUAUAUAUUUUAUUGCCGGGCUUGUCCAUUUCCAUUAUGUGUGGAGCCAUGGUGGAUUUGGUGCCCACACAUUUGAGGGGCAAAGCUGUUAGUUUGGGCUUUACCCUGGGCCGUUUAGGUGUAAUAGUGGCCUCAAAUUUGAUAGCCGGCAUGUUGGAACCCUAUUGUAAUGGUUUAUUUGCUAUAGUAACCUGUACUUUAUUAGUUUGUGGUGUUCUUGUUUACUUUUUGCCAAUUUAAGUUUAAAUUUAAAAUACAAUAACUUUUUAUACCCUACACCACCAUAGUGGGGAGGGUAUAAUGCGUUUGUGCAGAUGUUUGUAACGCCCAAAAAU